AUGGAACCUUCAAAAUGGAAGAUUGGUAGUACUUUUAGCAGUAUCAGCUCAUCAAGUAGUCCAAAAUCGCCAUCAGGCAGUUAUUUUCAAAACCAGCAACAUCAACAGAUCCAAUCCCGGCUAAUUAACGAGAAUGUACAUUAUAGAAACCAAGGAAAAAUAGGAAUUGGUGAGAUUAACAGGUUUACUGUUCAAUAUGAGGCUAGCAUAGAUAAUGGUAAUGUUUUAGAAGAUGAUCUAGGUGAAUAUUUAUGGCUCAGAGUAAGAAAUAUUGAAAUGCAGGUUUUCAGACCUAUAUACUUUACUGGGCCCUUUUCAUUCUAUAUUGAUGUUACACCAUAUAAUUUUGAUCAUAAAAAAGAUUUUGAUGAACCGAUUGAAUUUAAUAACGAUAUUAAACCAGGUCAGUCUUUCAAGGCCAAACUUCGGCUAAAUAAGAACAGUUUGGUGAGAGAUCGUGUCUAUUUCUGGACAAUAGAUGUUGUGGCUCAAUUAGCUAUGACCACAAAAUUCACCAUAAACUAUGAUUUUAUGAUUGGGUAUGAUUAUAAGCUACUAAGGAAAGUUACCAGCGAUACUGUACCAGAUGAAGCUAAGCUCAAAAUGAUUAAUGUCGUAAGACAAGACACAAAAGAACUUUGGCAAAAACCUCCAAGGAGACCAGAUGACCAUGUUCAUUUAGUUGUUGUCACACAUGGUAUUUUUUCAAAUGUUGGUGCUGAUAUGUUAUACAUCAAGGAGCAAAUUGAGAAAAUGUGUGAUUUGAAUGAAGCUUCGAAUGUCAUUGUUAGGGGUUAUGAUGGGAAUGUUGGAAAAUCUGAAAAGGGGAUAAGGUAUCUUGGUAAACGAGUUGCAAAAUUUGUACUUGAUUUAUGUGAUGCUUCAAAAUACAAAAUUGAUAGAAUAAGCUUUGUGGGACAUUCACUUGGUGGACCAGUUCAAGCAUAUGCUAUUUCACAAAUUGUUUCUAUGCGUCCUGAGUUUUUCAAUGCUAUUCAGCCAAUCAAUUUUAUCAGUCUUGCUGUUCCAUUCUUGGGUAUAUUGUCUGAUUUCCCAGUUGCGGUUUCGUGGGCUCUUGAUGUUGGUGCCUUAGGAAGAACUGGACGAGAUUUGACAUUAAGCCAUAGAUUUCCAUCUUUUGUUAAAAAAUUCAAAAGAGAUGCAGACCCUGACGAACCAGAUACAAAUACUAAAAUUACAGCAAAACCAAUAUUGGAAGUUAUUCCACUUGGACCUGCACAUUAUGUUUUUGAAAGUUUCCAAAAUAGAACUGUUUAUGCAAAUGCUAUUAAUGAUGGUAUCGUUCCUUUGAGAACUGCUGCUUUGCUAUACCUGGACUGGAGAGGACUUGGUGACUUGCAAAAACUAAAGAAAAAAUAUGAGGAGCUAACACUGAAAGAUGAUAAUGGACAACACGGGGAAAGAGCCCGGAAAGGUUCUGUUGGUGAAAUUCCUGAAGACUCAAAAGAAGAUAAAAGACAUAUAGUUGCAAAUGAUCAAAAACAAAACAAGGACCAAAGUCAUAAUGUUAGUGAAACUGAGUUGAAGAGACAAGAAGGUGAAAAUAAUGGAACUGUUACAUUUGCUGAAUCAAAAGUUGCCCGUGCAGAAAACCCCGAAAAUGUGAGUGAUACAAACUUGAUUAAAUCUUCACGAUCUGGAGAGCUUGCUUCCUCUGCAAAGACAACUGUUGAUACUGGCUCUUCAGGAGUUAAUAAUAGCUCUUCUUCAAAGACAAACUCAUCAUCUAUCUUCAAAUACCCAACAUUGAUUUUCAAAGAGCAACCAAAGAAAAGUAAGAGAAAGAAACUUAAAAAAUACAUUAGAACACAAACAAAAACUUCUACAAAAGAUUUUGAAGAUCAAGAAGAUCAGAAUCACAAUAGUGAUUGGGUCGACGUUAAUGAUGGCGAUGAAGAGACCCAAGAUGAAAUGUCAGAGUUUAAUAUACCACCUGCUGCUUCAACGUUUCUAUCCGCUGCCAAUGUUAUGAUGUCUCCAAUACCAAAAGAGGAUUAUUUAAUGCAUCCUGGUCAAAGAAUCCCAACUAUUUUCCAUGAUAAAAGAUACACAUUUGAAGACUUACCACCUCCCCAUUUUGCUAAAAAACUAAAGAAUGCCAAAGCAUUCAAAAGUUUUAUCAAAAGGGAUAAGAACGUGAUUGAAGAGAGGAUUGCAAGAGAAUGGCAUUGGAAAAUGGAAUGGCGUAAAGUCUUAGUGACUUUAAGACCCGAUGCUCAUAAUAAUAUUGCAGUGAGAAGAAAGUUUAGUAAUGCCUUUGGUUGGGGUGUAAUUGAUCAUUUGGUCGAGAACCAUUUUGGUGAAGAAGCAAUAGAAAGAGAGAUAAAAUUUAUGGACAAUGUGCGUACUAGCGCAAAAGCUAAGGUUAAACAAACAGUUGUUAAACUAGUGUCAACUGCUUUCACUGGCUUUUGCAGACAAGUCAGUGUUGCUCGUGGUGCUCCAAUAGUUAAGCAGGUCCGUUAUGAUCCAAUAGCGAAAAGACAUGUUGUUUUCCAAGAAGCCAAAAAGAGAAAAAUCGCUGAAAGAAAACCAAUCAGUUUUUCAAAAGCUCCAAAACGUCUUUAA